AAACGAAAAUGACAAAUUAUAUAAAACAAUUUCAAAUGCUCUUUCAGAGCCCUUUGGAGCCCAUCUACACUUGUCGCGACAAUGGCAAGUGUAUUUUCGAGUUACCCGAUUCCCAUUACUUGGAGUGUGAUCGUGGCGUGAAGGAGAUGUUGCAGGAACGUUAUGCGAAUAGCGAGCACAUAAAGUUCCCCUUGAAGGAGCUGCCGUCAACGCCAGAUCUAUCCUUCGCUGAUAAAUUGAGUGUGAAACAAAACUUUACUCUCUUUAAUACGUUGCAUAAAGAAAUUGCUGGGAAACUCAUCAGAUUGCUGAUGGAAGUUGAGGAUUUAGACCAUUUUCUCAGCUUGUGUGUGUAUACUAGGAUUCGCUUAAAUGCUAUGCUCUUCCAAUAUUGUUACUCAGUUGCGUUGCUGCAUCGCUCAGAGACCCGUGGCAUUUGGGUACCGCCAGUGGCUGAAAUAUUUCCAGCAAAUUUUAUUGAGCCCUCAGCAUUUAAGGAGAUGCGUAAAGCUUUGGAGUUUAAAGGCAAUAAAAAGGCUCACGUAGAAAUUCCCCAAAACUAUACCGCCUCCGAUCGCGAAUUCGAACAACGUUUGGCAUAUUUCCGUGAAGAUAUUGGCGUGAAUAUGCAUCACUGGCACUGGCACUUGGUUUAUCCGAAUAGCGGUACACGCGAAAUCGUCAACAAGGACCGGCGCGGUGAACUCUUCUACUAUAUGCAUCAACAGAUUUUGGCGCGUUACAAUGCCGAACGCUUUAGCAAUAAACUAGCCAAGGCGCUGCCGUUAAGUAAUCUACGCGAACCCAUCGAAGAGGGUUAUUAUCCGAAAUUGUUAGAUCAUGCGCAUCAACGCACCUAUCCGGGACGUAGCGGUAAUCUCUGUUUGCAGGAUGUGAAUCGCGACGAUACAACUAUCGAGAUUACCGAUUUGGAACGUUGGAGCGAUCGCAUUUUGGCGGCCAUAGAUCAGGGAUUUGUAGUAGAUCCACGUGGCAACAAGCAUCCACUGGACGAGGUUACCGGCAUCGAUAUACUCGGCAAUAUCAUUGAAGAGUCCGAUCUCUCCAUCAAUGUGCAAUACUAUGGACAACUACAUAAUAUGGGUCACAAUUUAAUUGCCAGCAUACACGAUCCAGAUCAUCGGCAUAUGGAGGAGUUCGGCGUGAUUGGACACAAUAUGACCGCUAUGCGUGAUCCAGUUUUCUAUCGCUGGCACACUUACAUAAACAAUAUAUUCAGUAAAUUCAAGAGACUCUUACCACCCUACAGUGAGCAAGAGCUCAGUUUUGCCGACAUCAAUUUACGUGAAAUUAAAGUUAGAACGAGCACCGAGGAACCGAAUCAUUUUGAGACAUUUUGGCAAAACUCCGAAGUUGAUUUGGCGGCUGGCUUGGAUUUUACGGCCGAUAGCGGCUUGCACGCCUCGUACACACAUCUUCAGCAUGCACCUUUCGAGUAUAGCUUUGUGAUUGAGAACAAAUGUGAGCAUGUGAAGAACGGUACUUGUCGCAUUUUCCUCUGCCCGAAAACGGACGAACGUGGCAAGCCACUGAAGUUGGAAGAACAGCGCUUGUUGGCAAUUGAAUUGGAUAAGUUUACCGUUAAGCUUUACCCCGGGCAAAACCAAUUGAAGCGGCUUUCCGUGGAAUCCUCCGUCACUAUCGCCGUUGAGCGCACCUUUGGCCGCACCACCAAUAAGGACGCACUCUCAGACGCAGAUCCGGAGCUCAACUCACGUCUACACUUCUGCGGUUGCGGUUGGCCAGAUUAUAUGCUACUGCCUAAGGGCAAAACUCGUGGUAUGCAAUUUGAUUUGUUUGUCAUGAUUUCGGACUAUGCCGGCGAUGCGGUCCAACAGCGGGGACAGCAAAGAGAAUGUCAUAAUUGCAUAGAUGUUUCUAACGAAGUAUCUAACGAAGUGUCUGAUGAAGAUGCCACACUAUGCAAUGACAAUGCAGCUUCCUUCUGUGGCCUGCGCGACAAACUGUAUCCCGAUAGGCGUACGAUGGGCUAUCCUUUCGACAGGCGCCUGCCAGCUGAGAGUCUUAAUGGACUUGUGGAACAGUUUGAAAAUAUGCAAAGAAUUGAUGUCACUAUCACAUUUAAUGACUACAUCAAGCCAGCCGCCGAUGAGGUGGAUUAAUUGCAGAAGAUAUCAGUAGUUUUUCAAGAUAGAAACUAUUCACCAUGCGAUGUAUGAAGCUAUAAAAAAAAUUCAUCAUGAAAAAAUAUA